AUGCCCAGCGAGGACGCCAGGGUCACUGGGAUCUUGGCAACUCGGAGACUUGCCAAGGGGCACCUUGGCUCCAGGGCUAAGGGCCUCAGCUUUCCGGGUUCUUUUUCCCCUCCUCUUGCACCCAGUCAGCUGCAGCUGCAGAGCAGAGGAAGGAGGAGAGCUCAGCAGCUGACUGGGUGCAAGAGGAGGGGAAAAAGCAUCCGGAAAGCUGAGGAGGCCCUUAGCCCUGGAGCCAAGGUGCCCCUUGGCAAGGCUCCAAGUUGCCAAGAUCCCAACGACACUGGCGUCCUCGCUGGGCAUCCCCUUGCACAAGAGGCUUCCAGUCUCCAAGAUGGCUUCCCGCUGGGUGGCCCGGAGCACUCUUCCUUGCACACUGACCAAGACUUGGUCUUGGCUUGGGUGCGCAGGACCCACUUCAAGACGCCAGUCUAUUCGGGUCGUGCACCUGCCAGGCUCCUGCAGAACUCGCAGCGAGGGCGCCUUGCUGAACCCCUUGACUGCCCCUGGAAAACUGGCUGCCAAGACACAGCGGAAGAAAGUGAGCCCUGGCAGCAAGGGGAGGAGUCCCGUCACCAGACACAGACACACAGGGGCAAGGCAAUGCACACCAAGACUGCCAGCGCCACAAUCCUGCAGCUGCAGGAGUCUCCUGAGCUGAGGCUGCAAGCUCUGAGAGCCCGCCUCCAAGGCGCGCAAGCCAAGAAGCCCGGAGGCCGCCAAACCAAGAUGAUAGCCUUCCAGGCUCAAGGUUCAAGACUCUGCCCAGGCCAGCAGGCAGAGUCUGCAGCCCGAGGGGCCGCCUCCUCCGAAAUGAGCAGCCGCCAGGAGGCCUCUGCCCAGCGCCCGCCACGGAGGGCUCCCUGCAACAAGAGCCAGCCUAAGAAGAGACCUGCCCCGCUCAUGGCCAAGGUCCUCAGGGAUUACAAGAAGAAGCUCUCUCGGAGGUGA